AUGGCAGACGAUAGUAUUGAACAGCACCACCUUCACAAGGUCGGCAAGUGGAUGCCAGCAGACCACAAAGCUCACAAAGAAUGGUUGGGAGGAAUCAUCCGGAAAGUAGAUGAGAAUGAGGAGAAAACCCUCCACCCAGUCCUAGAGGAAUUCAAGCAGCUCAUCGAAACAAACACACGUGUAUACAUGCUCUUGACUGGGAUGUUCAAAGAAGUCCCACGCAAGAAGCCAUACGUCCACGACCCAACAGGCAAUCCUGAAAUCCGGGACUAUUCCCACUUCCUACAUGUUCUCAAUCAUCUCCUCACUACUGCACCUACCUGGACCGACAAGGCGCACCGCGUCGGUCUAGUCGGUCUGCCUAUCAAUGCCGUCCUCGACUGGCCAAUGGGUACACCGAGUGGGUUUGCAGCCCUCCUAGAUCCUGAGAUCAACGCAAUGCUCAAGAAGGUCUUGAAUGUGUGGGGCGAUUUCCUACGCUCUCCUGCUUCUGCCGAUGUGUUGAAUGACUCCUCUCAUGGAUGGUUCGGUGCAACUGGUAUUCGGGAUCUUACCGCUGCUGCCAAGGUUGGCCCGAUGGCUGCCAGCGAUUUGCAGUUCCAUGAUCUAUUCGAAUGUGACCCAUCGGCACCAAAUCACGGAUAUAAGUCGUGGGAUGACUUUUUCACCCGUAAGGUCAAAGAGGGAAUUCGUCCUGUCGAAGACCCGGAGGAUGGAAAGGUUAUUGCGAACGCGUGCGAGUCGAAGCCGUUUAGGGUUGCGCAUCAUGCUCAUGCUCGUGACCGAUUCUGGGUCAAGGGUCAGCCCUACUCUGUGCUCGACAUGUUGGAUCACAAUGAUCUUGCACCCCAGUUUGUUGGAGGGACUGUGUACCAGGCAUUCCUUAGUGCUUUAAGCUAUCACCGUUGGCAUUCGCCUGUUACUGGCAAGGUUGUCAAGGCUUAUGUUGUUGACGGUACUUACUACUCUGAACCUCUAUUUGAAGGUGUUGGAUAUCCUAGUAUGUCACAGAAGGAGAUUGAUAUGGCGGGCCAGGUUACUUCGCAGGGGUAUAUUACUUCGGUUGCAACCCGGGCACUUAUCUUCAUUGAAGCAGAUGAGCCAGCUAUUGGAUUGGUGGCAUUUAUUGGAGUUGGCAUGGCAGAGGUUUCGACUUGCGAUAUCACUGUCAAGGAGGGAGAUAGAGUGAACAAGGGAGAUGAAAUUGGUAUGUUCCACUUUGGUGGUUCGACACAUUGUCUUCUUUUCCGCAAGGGUGUCAAUGUUUCUGGACUUCCAGAGCCUGGAAUGGCAGAGAACAAGCCCGUUCGAAGCAAACUGGCUGUUGUCUCGUGA